AUGGCCGAGGAUGACUACGAGCAGUUUUACAAGGUGGUGCUUGUGGGUGACGCCACUGUGGGUAAGACCCACCUGCUCUCACGAUAUGUCAAGAGUAGACUGCCCAAGGCGCCAACCGCCACAGUGGGAGUGGAGUUCGCCACACGUAUCGUGAAGCGAGGGCCGAUACGGAAGCUCAACAAUGGAAAAAAAGUUAAAGCACAGAUUUGGGACACGGCUGGCCAAGAGAGGUACAAGGCCAUCACCAGCACACACUACCGGCGUGCAGUCGGUGCCCUACUGUGCUACGACGUAACAAAGGAGACCACCUUUAAGAAUGCUGCGAAAUGGAUGGAGGAGUUGCGACAAAGCGCCGAACCUGAUAUCGUGAUCAUGCUUGUUGGAAACAAGGUGGACCUCGCGGACAAAGAUCCGGCCAGCAGACAGGUCUACUAUGAUGCAGCACAGGAGUUCGCCAACCUGAAUGGACUGUUCUUUUUCGAGACCAGUGCCGUUGCAGACAUCAAUGUGAAAGAAGCCUUUGAGCGGCUUCUGCAUGAGAUCUAUGAUCAGGGCACUCGCAGCGGCCACACAAAUGAAGCCGUCGAUGGACUCCGGAUUGGUGGUCUACCGGAGGGAGAGAAACCUACCAGCAGUUGUUGCUGA